AGCUUUUACUGCUUCAACCCGACGACACGGAAAACGUGAACGGGGACAUUUUGGUGCUGGGAAGAAGGAAGUCUCCAGGAAAAUAAGAGACUUUAAUGCGGCUGCUUCGGUGUUGACGCUCCGUGCGAUGGCUCCAGACGUCGCGGGCGGUGCAGAAGCCAAGUUCACGUCACACUCGGGGUUUUGGACUCCGGUUUAUUUGUGUUGACUUCAGCGAGACAAGCAAGUGCCGAUCGCAGCAUCUCCGUCCGUAUGUCGCGGUGAAGCAUGGACGGGUGGAGCCCAGUCGCUGCGCCGGCCGCGGACAAUGACCACUCCAGCUCCGAGGGGGACUACAUGCUGGAGCCGGCGGUGGACGAGGAAACCGGGGAGGCGGCGCCCAGGGCGGACGCCGGCAACGCGGCCGUCGGUUUCGGGAUAAGUGGCAUCGGUGAGGGCAAAGUGCUCCUGGGUCGACUCGGGCAGAGGGACGACAAAGAGCUGCGGUACCUGCACUUGGUGUGGGAGCCGGGGCGGGCGGAGGUCGGCGCAGGUGGGACGGCGAGCCCCCCGGGGAAGGUGACGGGGAGCAGGGCGAGGCGACACCACAGAGCCGCGCGGAGCCUCGGUCCCAUUAGUAAAGAUGUUUACGCUGGGAAAAGACUGAGGGAAGCAGCAAACAGCAACGACAUCGACACAGUGCGGAAGCUCCUGCAGGAUGACGUUGACCCCUGUGCAGCAGAUGACAAGGGAAGAACUGCUCUUCAUUUUUCUUCCUGCAAUGGCAACGAGAGCAUCGUGCAACUGUUGCUAAGCUACGGCGCUGACCCCAAUCAGCGUGACAGUCUGGGAAACACCCCCCUGCACCUGGCGGCCUGCACAAACCACGUGCCUGUAAUCACCACAUUGCUCAGAGGAGGAGCACGUGUGGACGCCCUGGACCGAGCAGGCCGGACCCCGCUGCACCUCGCACGCUCCAAACUCAACAUUCUACAGGAGGGAGAGUCACGCAGCUUAGAAACACUGAGAGGGGAAGUCACACAGAUUAUUCAGAUGCUGAGGGAGUAUCUGAACCUAAUGGGCCAGAGUGAGGCUAAAGAGAGGCUGGAACAUAUUUCCAACCAGCUGCAGCACACACGCACCAAAGAGCAGGUGGAUGAGGUGACGGAUCUAUUGGCCAGUUUCACGUCACUCAGUCUACAGAAGCAGAAUCUUGAGGACAGGUAGAAGAUAAACAGAGCUGAUGUCCUGCUGCCUCUUCAAAUGCGCUUCUGCUCCAUUAGCUUCAGCCUCUGAGUGAAACCAAUGCCUGUGGCUCUGAAACCACACAGAUAGAUGGGGCAUUCAGGGACAGUUCAGAGUGUAGGUCAUGUGCUUUCUAAAACAAAGACUGUGGUAUGAUCCUGUAUGGGCAUAAAAACCUGGUUUUAAACAAGAGUAGACCAUGAUGGUUUUUAUAGCACUUGUCUGAUGUUCUGAGAUAAAUAUGCUUAUGAAAACGUUUCUAUCUUGGAUAAAAAGCAAAUACUCUUGAAUUUUUACACCUCCUGUUCGGGGGAUGCAUUUGUGUGGUCAGAAUCAACUGAAACCCCUCAACGACUGGACUGAGAGCUAGAAUCCAGUGGGUCAAACGCCAAUUCUGACGUGUGGUUCAACCUCAGCUCUGUGUGUGUUUGUGUUUAGGCCUUUCUAUAGUUGUGUGGACGCAUUUUAGUUCAAAACCACAGAUGUGAGGACGUUGCUCAUGUGUUUACUUAGAUCCAGCUUAGGAUCAACGUGAGGUUGAAUGUGAACAGGCUUGAGGUUGUUAUGUCAGAGUCCUCAAAGAUUAAAACAGCAUACAGUAUUUAUGUGUGAGCUAUUUGUUGCCACUGGUAUUAACCAGGUUCUGUGAUGAUUAACAGACAGCCGGUUUAUUAGGAAUGGCUCAUGGAUGCUGAGGAAUAUCCAAACAUUAGGUAGAAGCUUGAAAAAUGUAGCUUUAACUGUGAAGUGCCAAAAUGAAUUACUUAAACAUAAAAAUGCCCUAUUAAUUUGAAUAUAUGGUUUAUUAUUGCAUAUGACUACAAAUACAGUAAGUUUAAUAAUGUUAACGUUACAGCUGCCAAAUGACUAGUUGAUGUACUGUUUAGUAGUAAUAACAAUAUGUUGACUGCUUAAUCUAACUCUAUCAGUGUGACACCAUUAAUUUUCAGAGAGAGACCAGCUCAACUGGAAUUUAUUACAGGACCAGUUACAGCCUGAUGUCCAGAAUUAACUGACCACUGAGCAUCCUUGUCAUAAAAUCACUUUUUCACAGUUGUGUCGCGUUGCCUUUUUUUCUGGUGCUGCAUGUUUGUUUGUGAACUUAACUGUAAAAUUGUUAUAGAAAGUUGACGUAUGUGAAUUAAUAAAUCACAUCUUUGGUUGAAA